CGAAUCGUCGUCACGCAUGCAUCGGUCGUCCAUUUUCCGUAAGAAUCCGACAGAAAACUGAAGAAUUACAUCGCAAAAAAGACAAAAAAAAAAGAAGAUAAAAUUGCAUAAAUCAAACAACGCUUUUCAACAACUCACUCUCUCGCUCCCAGCACAGUGCAUUUCAGUGGCCUUCGUAAUACUGCUCAAUCCAAAAUAAGCAAUAUCAAUCUACAAUUAGUCUUACAAAUAAAUCAAAAGUAAAUAAAGCGCGUGUGAAGUGGUGCAGAAAAUCGAGGCGUUACAAUACAAUUAUUUAACAGAACGCUUCCAAGCAGCAACAGUGUGGCAAUAAUAAUAACAAAAUAUAUAUAACAAAAAACAGAAACCAAUUUAUUAACAAAAUAGUAAUUAAGAAUAUUACAAGAACUAUAUAUAAAAAUAUAUAAAUAUAUUUUAAAUAAAUAGAUAGAGAGAGAGAGAAAGAGAACUAUUGGACCACAUUUAAGAUAACAACGAUGGCCUGUGCAACACUUAAACGCGCCUCCGACUGGGAGUCCCUCAAUCAGCGGCCCAACAAACGUCGACGAUGCAAUCCUUUUGGCCAAUCGCGCAGCAAUUCACCAUCGCGCAACAGCAACAAUGGAAACAGCAACAGCGAUGGCAACAACAGCAGCACAACAACAACAACAACGCCAAGCAAUCGCUAUGCCAAAGGCAGCACCGAACCGAGUCCCUUCUCCGAGUCAGCACUGGCCAAGAUGUCGCCAGAUAAAAUGGCUGAGAAUCUGUGCAAUGAGAUCAAGAGACUGCACAAGCGCAAACAAUUGCCAAUAACAUCGGCUGCGUUGGAGCGCAUGCAGGACUCGGAGUCGAGUGGUUCCGAAAUGGGACCGGAGAGUCCGCAUCGUCCGGACAGUCCACCCAAUCAUUUGAUGAUGCGCCAGCAUGGCGACAAGACUCUGUUCACGUUUAAACAGGUGCAACUAAUCUGUGCGGACAUGAUCAAGGAGCGCGAGGAUCAACUGCGUGAACGCUACGAAUGCGUCCUGACAACCAAACUGGCCGAACAAUAUGAUGCCUUUGUCAAAUUCACAUACGAUCAAAUCCAGCGUCGCUACGAGGCAGCGCCAAGCUAUUUGUCGUAAGGUUCGCCUAUAUAUGUAUAUAUAUAUAUGCAUAUAUAUAUUCUCAAAAAGAAAUGCACUACGAUCUUAUGUGGACGGUUGGAAGUUUGUUUCCGACUGGCAAACAACAACAAAAAACAACAUCAACAAGGAAAGCAGCAAAUGCAGAAAGUAAAACAACAGCAGUAACAACAACAAGAAAAACAAUAGCAGCAACAACAAGAAAAACAAUAGCAGCAACAACAAGAAAAUCAAUAACAACUACAAGAAGAAAAACAAUUACAACAAGAAAAACAACAACAACAUAGAAGCCCUCAUUGAAUAAACAAAAACUACAAUUGUGUUUAUUAUAUAUAUUUUGAAAUAUGAAAGAGAGUUGUAGUUCAAAACUAUAGAAUAACAUAUAUAAAAUUGAAAACCUGUAUUGGGAAGAGAAGAGAGUAGAGAUCAUCUAAUGGAGAAUAUACUUUAAUGGCUUACGCUGCUUAGGCAAAGGCAAAGCGAACAGCAAACGGCAGUAACAACACAUUACAAAACAAAAAAACAUAAAACAAAAACAAAACAACUUGUUACAUUUACGUUUUCAUAUAACGAAAAUUCUAAAUAAAAAUGACAAAUAUCUAUAUAGUACAUAUGGAAACAACAA